ACAGAACUUCCUUUUGUACAAGGGUCGGUGAAUAUAGCAAAGCUGUUCUAGAUCUCUUGGUCAGCACCAUGGGGCGGCUGGAUGGGAAGGUCAUCCUGUUGUCUGCAGCAGCACAGGGCAUUGGCCGAGCAGCUGCUAUUGCUUUUGCUAAAGAAGGAGCCAAAGUCAUUGCUACAGACAUCAAUGAGUCUAAACUGCAAGAACUGGGGAAAUAUCCAGGCAUUCAAAUACGGGUUCUGGAUGUCACCAAAAAGGAGCAGAUAGAAAAUCUGGCCAAGGAGAUUGAAAAGACUGAUGUCCUCUGUAACAUUGCAGGGUUUGUUCAUCAUGGAACCAUUCUGGAGUGUGAGGAGCAAGACUGGGACUUCACGAUGAACCUCAAUGUUCGCAGCAUGUACCUGAUGAUCAAGACAUUCCUCCCCAAGAUGCUUAAACAGAAAUCUGGAAAUAUUAUAAAUAUGUCUUCUGUGGCAUCCAGCAUCAAAGGAGUUGUGAACAGGUGUGCCUACAGUUCCUCAAAGGCAGCAGUUAUUGGGCUAACAAAGGCUGUGGCUGCUGAUUUCAUUGAACAAGGCAUCAGAUGCAACUGCGUAUGCCCUGGAACUGUUGACACACCAUCUUUACGGGAAAGAAUCCAAGCCCGGCCUAACCCAGAACAGGCACUGAAGGACUUUCUGGCCAGACAGAAGACUGGCAGGAUGGCUACUGCAGAAGAAGUGGCCCAUCUCUUUGUGUACCUGGCCUCUGAUGAAUCUGCGUAUGUGACUGGUAAUGAACUAAUCAUCGAUGGAGGAUGGAGCUUGUGACUGACUCUACCUGCAAAUGGAAAUUCAUACUAUGAUGGGCAAAAAAUGAGGAUGGUGUUUUUUGCAAAGAUUGAGAUCAUGCAUGUGAUGUCUUUCCAAACAAAUCUGCUAUUUCUAGAUUGAUCGUACUGAUUAACUUUUCCUUAAAUGGAGAAACACUGGAGUAAAACAUACUUCAUGUGGCUUCAAUUUAUGGCAACUCCAAAAACAUGAAAAAACAGCAGUUUAAUGUUUAAGAUUUCAGGAGGCCAAAAAUAUGAUUCAAGUUACAAAAUCUCAGUUGUGUUUUAAGCAAAAUCUGAGUGAAAGGAAUUAACUAUUAUAUUUAUUCUCAUCUUAUGAGGUAUUUGGAAAUUAAAUACAAUUAAAUACUCACAAGAACAACUAUGGAAGGGCAAUACUCUAGCAGGUAUGGUUGGGGGUAUAUGUAAGAGGAGUAUUCUCAAAUAUAUGGGUGGAUUUUCAUGAAUAUGCUUGACUUGAAACACAAAAGCAAAAGGAGUGGAUUUUACCACCCUAGAUAGAGCCAAUAUAUUUGUCUCCAAAAUGAUGUACUAAUAUUGGACAAAUUCUGUAAAAUCUGUUGCUAGGUGCCACACUUUGGUGCUCUAUGCCUUAUUCUCAAGUACCAAUACAGCUCACACUAAAGCACAAGGCAAAAUUUCUCUGAAAAGGACUGUUUCUACAAGAGUAUGUGCUGAUGUUUUUAUUGUGAUAGCACAUGGUAGCUUUGAUUCAUGAAAUAUAAACCUAUUAUUGUCAAGUUUCAUACUCUGGGGAAAAAACAUAGGUCCUGACCCAGAGAUCUAAGGCAAUGAAUAACCCGAAUUCACAAAGCAUUUGUUUUGCUAACAUACUGCUUAAAACCAACAUGAAUUCCAUGGUCUGACUGUCAUGGUUACCUUUAACAUUUAUCUUGUUCAUAAAUGAAACUCUAUGUAAUUUAAUACAUAUCUUCAUAUAUAUAAUAUACAUAUAUAUGUGAGGGAGCAAUUAAGGACUAAAUGCUACUUAAUAUGAUUCAACAGUAAUCAAAGCACAGGAAAAAUGUACAAUGUUGUCUGUGUUUCUGUAACAACAACUGCCAUGUUUAUACAAUUAUUGCUUAAGCUUUUCAAUAUCAGCUGAAACAUUAAUAUAAAUUACUUGAUUUCAAAGAUAAUGAACACAUCUAGUUAAAAUCUGGCUUCUUAUUUUAAAAUUAUUGUAUGUAAAUCUAGAUUUUACUAAUGAGAAAAAUAUUGUGAAUGUUGGCUUCAUUGGGCUCAUUAUGGGCUUAACGUUUACCUUUAAUCAUGGUUGGAGCAUUCUGACCUUGUGUAGCUUGUUUAUGGGGUUUCAGAGAAUCUAGUAUUUCAAUCAAGUGACCUUGGCAGCCAAGCAGGAUCAAGUUGGGGCACAAAUCCAAAAUGGCUCCAAAAACAUUCACUGACAUAAAUGCAAAAUAUGAAAAAUUGAGGCUGGCAGGACACAAUUUCAAUGAUUUCAGAGUUUAAUAUGAAGGCCUAAGUCCUUUUGUAGUAGGUGCAUAAGGCUUACCUUGAAAAGAGAAUUUCCCCAUUGCAGUAACACAGGGAACAUGUACUGCGUAUUCUGAAAAUAUAAUUAAGAAUAUGAGAGAAAAUUCAUUAUACUUAUUGCACAUUGACCAUCCUUACUUAACGUUUCUAAACUCGCUUAGAAUUGUAGGGUUGCCGCUCAAACAUGGCUGCUGCUGCCGUUGUUGUCAAAGUACUUGUGGAAGAAAAUAAGUACCACUUGCCUUUAAAUUGCACUAAAAGGCACAAAAGGGUUUUUUUAGUGGUAGGUCAAAAAUCUGGUAGACCAGAAAAGUAAAAAUCAGCAGAGCUUGCUGCCUCUUGCUCUAUUAGCAGUGCUUUUCAUGGAAGUGUUAACAGUUGCAACUCUGAAAUGUUCCAAUGUCAUGAGGUUUUUCAGCGAACUUGCAGGAAUUAUUAAAGAAAAUGCUUCUUAAUGCUCUUGUGACCUAAUUCCCUGGUCUGUUUUUAAUGGAACUGGGUAAUUCUCUUUGUUUUCCUUCCACCCCAGUGAUAAUAUAAAAAGGCUUUUUGACUUUUCUGAUUCUAGGUCAAACUUUUCUCUUGUGGGGGAAGGAGGAAUAGACUUCCCCAAUUCCAAGCC